AUGAAAAUUUUUGCUCAAGUUCUGUUCAUUCUUAUAAUAUUGAAUGUUCUGUGCGAUGGAAAUAAGCGUCCGAAAAGAACAUUAGGCACAUUGUUGAGAUUUUUUGGCUAUAAAGUCAUUCCGAUUGACGAUGUUGAGUUUGUGACGGAAAGCAUUCCUGAAUCUACACGCAAUCCAAAAGCUUUAAGAAUCAAUACACAACGACCAUCAAUUAAAGUUGAGGUGGAGGAAACGACUAUGAAGUCAAGAAAAACAACAACUACGCAAUCAAUUCCUAAAUUCAAUCCUCUAUUACCCGACAUAAUUAACUCGAUGUUUCAAAUAAAUCUUACGACUAUGCGAUCUCCCCUGAACGUGAGAAAUAGCACGAAGAAAACGACCUUGAAACCUAAUAAAGUGAAGGGAACAGAGUUCUUGAUUAGACCAAUGGAGAUGCCCAAUGUAAUGUUACAGAAAUUAACUGAUCCAAUGAUGCAAUCUCCUCCAGAAAUGCCACAAGUUUUAGAUAUGAUGCAGCCACCAGCCAUGCAAAUGAGUUCUCAAGGAAUGCAGAUGAAUAUACAAGGCAUGCAAAUGAAUCAACAAGGAAUGCCAAUACAGUCAAUGAACAUGCAAGGAAUGCCGAUGCAGAUGAAUUCUCAAGAAAUGGCAAUUAAUCAACAAGGAAUGCCGAUGCAGAUGAACUCACAAGACAUGUCUGACAUGAUGCAACCCCAAAUGCUUUCUGGAUUAAUGGAAUCAACAACUCUAGCUUCUAUUAAUGCUUCUGAUUCAAUGAUGCCAUCAAUGGACAGUCCACCAACUCAAUCUAUGUCAAGUCAACCUAUGAAUGCAGUACAAAAUCCUGAAAUUCAAGCACAAAAUUUCCAGUCACUUCCUGGAUUUCCACAACAAUUACAGAAUUUUGGAAACUUUGAAAUGGUCAAGAGUCGUGAACUUCCAUCGCAACAAUUUCCAUCCCAAUAUAUUGUUGGAAAUUCAAUCUCUGUUUCUGAUUUUGUUAAUACUCAUCAGCAUUUGCCUUUCCAGACACACUUUCAUACUCAAUUCUCUACACCACAUGCAAGUCAUUUUACAAUAGCUAGAUCUGGCAAGGAAUUGAAAUUUAAUAAUUACAACUAUCCUUUAACUUACUAUCAUUAA